GACAAGUCGCCUGUUGGUAGAACCUGGCUCUGGCCCCUGCGAGACCCUGCGUGGGGAAGUCCGGGAUGAAUCUUUUUGCCUCGCAUCGUCAUGGCAAGCUGAAUAACAGUCAUUCGUGAUGCAAUUGAGAGUCGAGGCCAACCCUCCUUUCCGAGCUCAUGGCAGUACAACCGGCUUAUAUACCUCCAAUCCACCCCAGGGAACAGUGCUGAAGUAUCUCACCAUCCCUCUCAAUCCUCACCACCAUCCUUUCUCUCCCUCAACACCAUGACCGUCACCACUCCCUCAAAGAGAAUGGCCUCUCUAGCCGUCAUCAACUACGAAGCCCUCGCCAACAACGAUCCCGCCGAGAUCCAGAAGCUCGUGCAAGCCUGCCAGACAACCGGCAUGUUCUACCUCGACCUCCGGGGCCCCAGAACACAGACCAUUGUCGAGGACGUGCCGGCCCUCUUCCGGACGGGGCAGCACUUUUUCAAUCUCCCUCAGGAUUCUCCGGAGAAGAUCGAGAGUCUGCGCGAGGGGAUGGAGAGAGGCUACCACGUCGGCAAAGGAUUCGAGUACUACGAGAUCCCCCGCGACUCAUACCACCUCAGCGACUGGUCCCUCCCCGCGACAUUCAUCCCCCAAGCCACCCCCAUCACCCGCACAAUAACGACCUUCCACACCGCCAUCCAAACCAUCCUCACCCACCUCUCCACCUCCCUCCACCUACCCCCCAGCACCAUCCCCGAACUAACCUCCCUGCCGGGCACCCCCAGCGACACGGCCCUCAAACUGGUCUAUAAACCCCCCAUCCACGACGCCGGCACCGUGAUCCACCCCUGGCACACGGAUUUCGGGCUGGCCACGUUGCUGUGGUACGACGAGGAGACGACGCAGGUGCCGGCCUACGAUGAGAGCGGGAGGCAGACGGGGGAGCCGCUCACAGUUCCCGUGGUGGAGGGCGCAGUGUUGGUGAAUGUUGCGGAUGAGUUGGCGGGGAGGUCGGGGGGGGUGCUGAGGUCGACGGUGCAUCGGGUAGUGGCGCCGCCGGGGGAGAAGAGGGUGAGGAAUGGGGUGAUUUAUUUGGUUAGGCCGGAUAAGGUGUGA